UUUUAUCAUAGAAGAAGAAGAAGAACCAACACAUUGCGUUGGACUCGAAGCGGUGCUUCCGAUAUUUGAUAUUGCUAAUAAAUAAAUUGACAUCAGACCGCACAAGCACGAGGUUCAUCAUGCCUGUCACCUGUGCAGUAAACGGCUGCACCAACAAGUUUAUCAAAGGGUCAGAAAUACGAUUUUACAGGUUCCCCAUCAGUAAGCCUCAGCUUGCCAACCAAUGGGUACAAAGUUUGGGGAUGAAAAACUUCAUCCCUACACCUAACACUUGCCUCUGCUCAGAACAUUUUAACCCAGAUUGUUUCCGAGACUACAAUGGCAAACAGUUUCUUAGGGAAGAUGCCGUGCCCACCAUUUUCGGUGCUGAUUCAUCGAAGCCUGAAUUACGAAAAAGGGGUAUGAUGACCAAGGACACAAGUGCGGCUAACCGCUUCGGUGCACCGUCAGACCGGGAGAGGGCUAAGACGCUGGAGAAGAGCAAGGUCAAGGAGAAACGACAUAGUACCCGGGAUACUGGCAAGGGAAGAGGUGAUGGCAAAAAACGAGGUGGAGGACGAGGAGGAAUCUCCUCCAACACUGACCGACCGACUAUUGGUGCGAAGAGCAAAGUGUAUGACAACAAAGGCCGCCUGCUCUCCUGUGGCAAGGACAUGUGUGACUGCCUGGAUGCGGACUGCAUGGGCUGCUUCUACCCCUGCCCCGAGUGUAGCUCCCGCAGGUGUGGCGUAGAGUGCCGCUGUGACCGCAAGUGGCUCUACGAGCAGGUUGAGGUGGAGGGGGGAGAGAUCAUCCGCAACAAGUACGCUGGCUAGUCUCCCCUACCCUUAGGCUUUGAACUAUGACUGUUCUGUUAUUUUUCUCAUUUUUGGUUCCUGUAGAAAGAGAAGGGACCGAAUAAGAAAUGGUCUGAAGUUGCCAAAAGAUACUUAAUCAAAUCAAGAUAUCACAAGAUGUAUCAAGAGUAAAUGAAUAAGAAAUAAUACUCCCACAAUGGUUUCAACCAAGUGUUCAAGUGUUAUAAGCAUUUCAUAUGUAGUUUAGUUCCUGUGCCCGAGAGGAUCGAUUCAAGAAAGUGUGUGCGCAUACUUUGCCGGUACCUCGCUACGAGAACUCAUGCAAGGAAAAAGAGGUAUAUGGCGGCGAUUUGUUUCCACCUUUUUCGAAAGUAUGCAUGCCUGAAGAAUUUUCCAUGUUUCAUUUUCUGCCUUUCCUCAUUAUGGUUUUUGCAAUUCUCCACUUGUUUUGAUUGGUGAUUACAUAUGUUCUUUGUGCCCACAGCUGUCAAUUACAUUGGUCUUAAUUCAUAUUAAAACAAAUGAUUCCAAAAGUU